CCUCAUGGAAUCAGUUCACGGAUGUGGCCAAGGCUAGCGGCUAGCUCCACAUCUUGGUCUAGGCCUGAUAAGACCCUGCUCUUGAAGAUAGGCUAUUGCCAGUGAUACCUUCAGAGGUUUCUUGCAUCCAGACCUGAAUUAAGCUCGUUCUAGAUUAUAAAUGCGAAUAAGACUAAUCUCAAGUGGGAUCUGGUAUGUCUGGUUGGGUACUGAAUAAGCAGUUGAGGACUGCUGUUGAUGAGGUCAAUGUGUUAGAUACUAUUUUCAGCGAUGAGAAGAAGAAGAAAUUGUUCACUCUUGAAACAUACCACAUUGUUGACUACAACCAGGAGUGGGACAAGGGAUGUGAUAACCCAUACUUCCCAGAGUUCAAGACUACGAUUGCUAAGUUCUUCAACACAGACUUUAACACCACGAAUGGAUUCUACAAGUUCGAAGAUGUAGAAUCGGGAGCUAUGAUGACAUUACAUUUCAAGACGAUGCCAUUCGCCAAUAACAAUACAAUUUCUCAGAGCCAUUUAUGAUUUAUGACAUGUGGGCUGAGGUCACUCAUGAAGGCUAGUUCUUCGAGCACAGGAUAGUCAAAGCAGAAGAAGUACUUAGAACCAAGAAGUACUU